UUUUGAUGUGCGGGCUGAACACACUCAGCAGUGGAGGGCUGAGGAUCAGAGACAGAGCCACGAGCACAGUGCCUUAGAAUCACCACACCAAGAGCAAAACCCUCCCUGCCAGACAGGAACAGAGUCCUGGCUCAAUGCACAGUCCCCUGCAGCAUCCCACACCCCCUGCAGCAGACAGCAGCAAUGAGGUGGUGACACAAGGCUUUCAGCAUCCACAGGGCUGCCUCUGUGGAGGACAGCAAUUCCUGCUGGACAGGAGGACAGAAGCUCGUCUUUAUCAAGGAGAGAGGGGUUUUCCCCAAACAGUUCUUCAUUCUGUUCCUUCAGGACUCUCAAACCAUUCAAAUCUCUCACUCUACAAAUAAUUAUUUAAAAAAUAAACCUAGGAAACGAGAUAACUCCAAGCACCAAACCCCAUGAAUUCAUUGCACCUAACAGCAACCACUGCGUUCCUGUUUACAUCCCGGCUGCUGUCCUUCCCUCUCAGACAGGCUGGGUGGCUGCAGACACAGCCUGGAUGAUGGCAGCCGCAUGCAGGGAGCUUCACCUCCUGCUUCUUGUCAGGCCUCUGGCAGCAACUCCCAGCUCAGCAGCAGUCGAAUGGAAAGUGCUGCUUCUCCAUGCGAACCUCCUGUCCUUGGGUAAGGGUGGCUGUGGACUCCACCAUUCCUGCUCCGCUAAGGGCAGUUUUGAGAAACCCUUGGCAAGAAACCUCCUCCGCUCUCGUCACUCUCCCGGCUCCCUGCCCUCCGGAGGUUGGGACCCGAUGGUCCCGGCCGUGCCAGGCAGUGUCCAGCCGGGGCUCAGCAGCGGAACGGGUGACCCGCCGUGAGCUGCCGUCGUGCCGGCGAUGCCGCGGCCCCGGGAUGCUCCUCGGCAUCGCUCGGAAUUCCCGACACAGCCGCAGCUGCGGGGAGCGCGCCUCUCCUGCGGAAAACAGCCGGGCCCGCGGGGGCGCGGAGGGGACCGGCACCGGCACCGCACCGCUCGGGGCCGCUCCGAGCGCCGGCGGCGCUCCCUGCCCGCGGCCACCGGGUGCCACCGGGUGUCACCGGGUGUCACCCCCGCGGGCGAGCGCGGCGGGGCCGGGCCUGGCCGGGCCGCCGCCCCCCGGGCCGGCAGCGGGCGGCGCGGCGGGACCGGCGGCAGCGGCAGGAUGUAUGGGUUUAUAAACACGUGCCUGAAGUCUUUGGUGGUGGAAAAGUAUGGUGAAGAAACAUGGGAAAAAUUAAGGCUGCAGGCUGGAGUCCAGGAUUCUUUCUUGACUUUUGAGGUUUACAAAGAUGAGAUCACAAUGCAGCUUGUCGACAAAGCCUGCAAAGUAUUAGGUGUCCCUGCUGACAUUGUUCUGAGGGAGUUUGGAAAGUAUUUCUUUGAAUUCUGUAAGCGCUCAGGCUACGACCACAUGCUGAGGACACUGGGUGGGAAUCUCUAUGAGUUCAUAGAGAACCUGGAUGCAUUGCACAGCUACCUGUCUCUUUCUUACCAGGAGAUGAAUGCACCCUCUUUUAGAGUAGAAAAGAAUGAAGAUGGGUCAAUGCAUUUACAUUACUAUUCAGACAGAAGAGGUCUGUGCCAUAUUGUGCCAGGAAUCAUCGGUGCAGCAGCCCUAGAUUUUUUUAACAUUGAAAUUUCAAUGAAAAUAGUCAAUCAAACAGAAGAAGAAGAAAGAACUGGGAAAAAAGAACAUAUUGUUUUUCUUGUCACUCAAAACCCUCUAUUUCCAUGCAAGGAAAGAAAUGAAUUUUCUUCCUCAUCUCAAUGUCUUGUUGACUCUGAAAAACAAAUUGAGAACCAACUGAAUAAAGAGGACCUUGAAAAAGCCAAGAAUGCAAAUGGAGACAGAGGAAACUCUGCUUGUCUUGUUAAGAAAAGUCACUGGAAAACAUUGAGAGGAAUAAUCACACUAGGAAAAGGUAAGCUCCUGAGAGGAUUUGAUCCUGUUUAUCCCAAGAGCCUCUGGAUUGACACAAAAACAUUUUGCAAUGGACUUCCUUUUCAUAUGGUUUUUGACAAAGAGCUCAAAGUGAAGCAAGCUGGGGUGAGCAUUCAAAAGAUUGUACCUGGCCUUCAAACCAUGGGCAUCUGCUUGGAUCAGUAUUUCAGGAUCAUUCACCCAGAAGUACCCUUCACCAUCUCCAGCAUUCAGAAAUUCAUCAACAGCCAAUUUGUUUUCCAGACUAGAAGAGAGAUGAUGCCUGAGUCAUGGAAAGAGCGGCCCAUGCUAGAGCUGAGAGGCCAGAUGAUGUGGAUGGAGCCCCUGCAGUGCAUGCUCUACCUGUGCUCGCCUCUGCUGCGCACUCUGCACGAGCUGGAGGAGCGGCAGAUGCACAUUGCAGACAUCGCCCCCCACGACGUCACCAGGGACCUGAUUCUCCUCAAUCAGCAGCGCCUGGCAGAGAUGGAGCUCUCCAGCCAGCUGGAGAGGAAGAAGGAGGAGCUGCGGAUCCUGUCGAAGCACCUGGAGGAGGAGAAGAAGAAGACCGAAGCUCUGCUGUAUGCCAUGCUUCCCCAGCACGUGGCCAACCAGCUGAAAGAGGGCAAGCGAGUUGAGGCAGGAGAGUUCAAGGAGUGCACUAUAUUGUUCAGUGAUGUGGUGACCUUUACCAACAUUUGUGCCCAGUGUGAGCCUAUUCAGAUAGUUCUCAUGUUAAAUUCAAUGUACCUGAGAUUUGACAGACUAACCACAGUGCAUGAUGUGUACAAGGUGGAAACCAUUGGAGAUGCCUACAUGGUGGUAGGGGGGGUCCCUGUGCCUGUACCCACUCACGCAGAGAGAGUUGCUAAUUUUGCCUUGGGCAUGAUAAUGGCAGCCAAAGGAGUACAGAACCCAGUUUCUGGAAAUCCCAUCCAAAUUCGAGUUGGGAUCCAUACAGGUCCUGUCCUGGCGGGGGUUGUUGGAGAAAAGAUGCCUCGUUACUGCUUGUUUGGAGACACGGUGAAUAUCGCCUCCCGGAUGGAGAGCCACGGCGUGCCCAGCAAAAUCCACCUGAGCUCCAGUGCCUACCAGUGCCUAAAAUACAAGAAUUUUGAGAUUACUGAAAGAGGAGAAAUAGAAGUAAAAGGCAAAGGGAAAAUGCACACAUACUUCCUCAUUAGAAAUAAAUCUGCAACUGAGAAUGAGAUUAUGGGAAGGCCAAUGAAAGAUUUAGAUUCUGGCCGUGAAUCUGUUCAGUCCUUUCCAGAAGGCAAGACUGAAACUAUACCAAGUUCUCAUCAGCCAGCUACUCAGACUCAGCAAAAGAAGGACCAGACCCCAGCUAUUGCAAUGAAGUAUGUUGAUGGCCCCACAGAAGCACAGAACAGCCUCAAAAGGAGAAAUCAGAUGAAAGCUGGAGAUUUAACAGGCAAAACUUGUGAUUCCAAAAGCGAUGGGAGUCUCCAUGGCAACCAGCAUGCAGAUGAUGGUCCUCGUCCUCCAAACCAGGGAAGAGCCAAACGUGCUGCUGAAGAGCCACAGAAUAGAAAUGUUCGCUCUAAUUUUUGCACUUUACUCUAAGUUUCUUACUUUUACAUUAAACAGAGAAAUUUUAUUAUGAUUUUGUGCAUUUUGCUGUUAUGGGACUGAUUUUGUAUAUGAGUACCACACGAUUUUGUAAAAAAACAAGAAAAAAGACAUUUCAUCACAGUUUUCAGUAAAAAUAAAACAGUGGAGGAAAUUUUUUUAAUCCAUCUACAUGGGCCAUAUAAUACUCCCAGUAGAGAAAGAAACCCUUGCAGGAUGCUUUGAAGAUGCAUUUUCAGCCUGUGCCACAUCUUUGAAUAUCCUUGUGUAAAAAUCAUGUGUUGGUAUCUGAUGCAGCAAUCGAGAAAGAGGUGACUCAUCCAGCUAGAAAUAUUCCUACUCAAAUGAGCACUUGCCAUAAAAGAAACAUUCCCUGAAGUGACCAUCUGUCUUGACUCCAGCACAGCCAACAACUUCCCCAUGUAAGGUUAGCAGCAUGCCACCUAUGUUUUAACUGCAAUAACAGCUUAAUUUCUUGACUAAUCUUUGGUUGGGUAAAGACAUUAUGAAGUAGAAGUGCAGAAUAGAUCUAAAACAACCUGUAUUUUUGCAUCCUGAAGAGAGAAUGAUGUGUACUUGAUGGCAGCCAACAGUAGAAAAGAGCACCUGUGAUCUCUGAACCAGCCAUACAUACUGUGCAUGGAAGGACAUGGAAAUGGUGGAGCUACAAAGCAUCAGAUUUGUCACAACACUGAAGGACUGUUCAAGGCCUACAAAUGAGUUACAAGUUUAUUUCUCAUUUUUUCACCCCAGCUAGACAAAAAUGAAAAAAAAAAAAAAACAACCAAAAACAUUCAGGACUGCAGAAGGAGACUGUCAGUGCUGGAAUUAAAGUCGCUAGCAUCAUUGAAAAUGACAGCAUUAGAGAUCAGCACUACCUGGUAUCAGAGGCUGCUCAACUGAAAUACUUCCAUGCUGACAAAUUCUUAGAUUAGGCCUGAUCAGAAAUGGGAGAGAAGAAUUGAAGCUCAUUUGUCAGAGAGAGGAGCAAAAAUACAAUGGAUAUAAAGGUUGUAGACAAUUUGGUGCAUCAUAAAUUGUGCUCUCACUCCUAUAAAUGGAGCUUGGAAUAGGUGGGUGGCUUUGACAGAAGAUGUGCCCUGCACACUGAUUUAUUACCUUUGGCUGUAGAUUCAUUGACUAAGGAUGCAAGCAUGAGACCAAAGUGAACUCUGGGCAAGAACUCACUGGAGAAGGUGAUAAAGUUACUCCUCUCUGACAGUCUGGAGCAUCACAUUUCCACCUCUGUGUCUGCAGCAAGAGCAAGGCUCUUUAAACACCAGACAGAGAGCUAAGACUGAUGAAAGGCAUCUCCUCCUCUUUAUAGUAUAGCCAGAUGAAAUUUCACCUGGUUAGAGUUUUUUUUCCAAAUCUCUGAGACAGUAGCUGGACAGCUCAGUCUACAGGAACAAUUAGUGCAAUUAGACCAGCAGAGGAGGAUGCACAGAGUGAAACCAUUGCUGUUGUUCUCCACUAAAGAGGUGUUCAGGGGUUUGCCAGGUGUGGUCCCACACAAUGAACACCUGUUAGCUUCUGGAGCACCUCAUAAGCACAUGCUCUGGCUUAGCUUCCUCCAGAAAAGAUCCAUUGAACACUUGCUUUGCUUAAAACUGCCCUUCUUGCUCUGAACAAUCUAUGGUGUUUAAUGUUGGAAUGCUUCAAUUGCCAGUAAGUGCUCCAUGGUAAGUUACUUCAUGCUGUCCUGUGGUAAAAAUGGUGUGCUCAGUGGUUUGUCCGUGGCAUCUGCUACAAUCUGGUUCUCCUGGAGGUGCAGAGCUGGGUCAAAUCUGCACAUCUGCUUCUAAAAAUUAAUGUGCCUGUGCAUCAUCAUGUGUUCUUAAAUCUGUAGGCACUUCUAAAGAUUGCAAAAAUACAAUUCAAAAAUAAAUCUUUUCAUUAAUAAACCGACUGCCAUUUGUCAGUGAUUACUUUGAUUCCUGUCCCUCUUUUUCCUUCCACCUUUUCUAUUCUCCUUUUCCUCUAGGCCUACAAAAGUGCUCAGUUUUUGUGUCAGUCACAUAGCUACAGUGAACUGACACAAAAAGGGUGGGAGAAGGAAAUUCCCACCGCUGCUUCAUGGAAGCUGAGGCUUAGAAAAAUUAAAAGUUGAGACUUUUGAAAGCUUUCUAAAGCAUAUAGAUCCCCAAAUCCCAUUAAAUCUGGUGUUAAAACCUUAACUGUAAAAGUUUGGGUACCUUAAAGGCCCAGGGGCCAGAUUUUUCAAAGACUUUUGUUACUUUCCUGAGGGAAAACUUGUUUUAGGUGCUUAAUUGAUCACAUAUGCAGUGUUUAAUUCCCACAAAUGAUGCUUUCCUUAAAACAUUUAUAAAACCUUCCCUGUAAAGCCUUCUAAAAUGGGCUGUUUAGUAAACUUUCCAAACUGGAACCUCGUUUACAUUAAUUCAUUACUUUUGACAUUACAAUGCAACUCUGUAUGGAUCCAAGCUGAACAUAAAAAUACACCAAUAAAAUAGCAGUAAAACUGAAAUUAUUACUUCAAUAGUGAGGAUAUAUUAAAACCACACUUGAAUAUAAAAAACUAUGGUGAAAUUCAAAAUGAAAAAGGAAACACACUAUUUCAUAGAAGUAUACAACAUCAUGGAAAAUCCAGAGGGUAUUUUUUCUACUGUCUCUGCUUCCACCUUAGAAAACUCAAAACUUUCAGAGCAGACAAUGAGAUUAAAAUCUUCCUUAAAGUUAUCUGUGCAAACAUCUACUAUUCAUGUAUUCUUUAUACAACAUUCAAUCAUCAGUGCUUCCUGUACAGAAAGAAAUAGCAGUGUGCAGUAUUUUGAUUCCAUAAAUAGUUGUAAUCAAAAUAAACACAUGGAAUGUUAUCUUCACUUAUAUGAUCAGACUAACAAGCACUGCUCAUUUUUUGCAAGCUGUCUGUGGUUCUAUCUCACAGUUAUGUUGUACUUGCUUGCUGAAUUUCUGCUAAUGAUUUUUAGUCUGAGCUGUGCUGAGAAGCCAUUCCUAAAAAAUUCUGAUAUCCACAGUUCUUCCUAUUUUGACUUGGUGUCCAGCCGUUAGUCUCCAGCUGGAUGAGCACACCAUGUGAGAAGCAGAUAUGUAGUCACAUUUUCAUACCAAGAAGU